AACAACUGUUACAGUUUAUCGUUUAGUCAGCACAGUCGCUGUACGCCUUCAAUUGGAUGAGGUGUAAACAGAUCAAAACCGAAUGCGUUUACAAGAGAGUGAACAUCAAUUGCGGAACUGGAAUACAGGCAACCAGAAGCGGAUUUCCAGAAUCGAUUAUGAAGUGUUUAAAUGACCACCCAAAAGCGGUAUCGGGAAAUCGGUUUCCGGAAUCCGGGUUGUGUGUGAGUACACUUUGUUGUGACAACCCAAUUGUGAAGUGGUGAGCUGGCAGCGAACACCUGCUGUCAUAUGCCACGCUUCUUUCAGUUUAAGUAUUGAGGAGAUCGCGCCUUGAAGUUGAGAUAUAGAAAUUUAUAUCCUUCGCACUUUUGCCACUGGGGAAUUACGAAACAAGAGAAUCCUUGUCUUUCAAUAUCUAUGGAGGCAAAGAUUAUACAAGCCAUCUGUGGCGGUAGAAAUUACUGAUUACUUGUCAAGGGGCGUAAUAUGGAAGUGGAAAUAUUUUGCAUGUAGUGUGUUGUGUGUAUUAAUGCUAUCACGAUCAUUCCCGGUUACAUAAUCAACAAUGCUUGUGCUUGUUCUCGGAGAUUUGCACAUUCCUCACAGAUGUAGCAGCCUGCCAUCAAAGUUUAAAAAACUUCUGGUACCUGGCCGAAUACAGCAUAUACUUUGCACAGGAAACUUGUGCACGAAGGAAUCAUAUGACUACUUAAAAACCCUCGCAAGUGAUGUGCAUGUUGUCAGAGGGGAUUUUGAUGAGAAUUUGAACUACCCAGAGCAAAAGGUUGUCACAGUUGGCCAGUUCCGUAUUGGAUUGUCCCAUGGCCACCAAGUUGUACCAUGGGGAGAUCCAGAAUCCUUAGCACUAAUACAACGACAGUUAGAUGUGGACAUUCUUAUAUCGGGGCAUACUCAUAAGUUUGAAGCAUAUGAACAUGAAAACAAGUUUUAUAUUAAUCCAGGUUCUGCAACAGGAGCUUAUAACCCUCUUGACACAUCAAUUAUUCCUUCCUUCGUUCUUAUGGACAUACAGAGUUCAACCGUGGUUACGUAUGUGUACCAACUUGUUGGAGAUGAAGUUAAGGUAGAGAGAAUUGAAUACAAGAAGAGCUAGAGACAAUAGUUUGUGCAAAUAGAGAACUACAUUCUGAGAAUAAUUGUUUCUUCGGAAACAAGUUACUUGUUCGAGUCUGCGGUCGCUGCACCUAUAAGGAAGACAUUUUAUACCUGUCAAUAUUCUUGUCCAGAUAUUAAAGCUGUAUACUUUAUAUGAAAGUGUGUAACAAGGAGUAUGGUAACAACUGAUAACUCUUGUGUGUUACAUGUCUAUGACUGAUACUUCAUUCUGGAUGUACACUACAAGCAUUUGUCAAGGAAGACUUGGGCAUUCAAUUUGGAAUAAGUUCUGAAUCAGUUAAUGUGGAAGAGGACUGUACCCAUAGCAUGGAUUAAAUUAUGUAAAUACAAUCAUAAAUUCUGAACAUUUGUGCAUUUAUUGCUGGAGUGAUGACAGUGUAAUGGAUGUUUCAGAUAUUUAUGCCAGAAGUUAAUAAGGACACAUAGACUUACUAUCAAGAACAGAUACAGUCCAUAAUUGUUUGAAACUCCAGUCCAGGUUAAACAUACAAGUAUUUAUAAGUACAAAAACUAGGAUCAGUCAUUUUCAGUAUUUAUUACUGAUUUUGGGUCUCUAGUUUUAACAAAUGUCUUAGCUCAUUUCACUGUAAUUGUGGUUUAGAUAACCUAAAACAUAUCAGAUAAGUUAUCAUUUGUCUGUAACAUGAGUUGUACUGAUACUAUCAGGAAAAUUGGUCAUUGUUUCCAAAAUGGUACUUGCGAGGAUAAACACAAAGGACUGAUUUAAGAAUUGGAGCAAAUAUUUCUACUGCUAGGACAAACGGUUUCUUUGGCUGCUGGAGUAUAGUGGAUACAGAUACACACUUGGAAACUGUCAUGUGAUAGGCUUUUGGGGGGCAGAGUAACUUACAAUUGGAGCUAUUUCUUGUUUCAUCACUGCCACCAACACAACCACUACCACCACCACUACUUAACAAAAAUCAUUUAGCAUUUUGAAAAUCUGUUACUGGUAAUACCUUGCAGCUGUUAUCUCAAGAGUUUCUGUAUAUCAACUCUAUCAAUAUAAGAAAAGGUAAAAUCUCUGAAUCUAUUGAGAAAAAGUCUCAUACAAACUAGCCUCAUAACAAUUAACACAGCUGGAGAUGUAUGGAGCGAAAUUACACACACACACACACACACACACACACACACACACAUUUGUGGGUAGUGGGAAUACAUCAGCCUGUUCGGUAGUUCACAUGAUUUUAGUUUUUUAAGUUCUUGUUAUGUUUAGCUUGGACUUGAAACUUGUUCACUAACAGAUAUUUUACACCUUGUAGAGAAUGUGCUGUUAAAUUGCAUUAUUUUUUCCACUUCUAUAACUUCUUUACACAAUUUUUCAAUCUACAUAUGAAAUGCUGUCGGUGACGCAAAUAGAAUCUCACAUUGAGAACUUUGACCCGUUUUGUUUAAUUCUGAAUCUCUUUUGUCAACAUGUGGUUGUUUUUUUGUUUGAAAUGUAAAUGUACAUGACAUUAAGCAGUAUCAAAAUAUCCUUUUUACAAGUAUAAUCUUAAUCAUUGUUGUUAUAAUAAUUACAAUUUUAAUUAUUAUCAUUAUUAUUAUUAUUAUUAUUAUUAUAUUGCUCUUGUGAUGGCUUCACAAAAACUUUCAUGAAGCCAGCCAUGUUGUAAAUGGUAACAGCGUUCAGUAUCUUUCUGAUUUUGCAGCUUUAUAGUUGUUCUCACAGUGGGAAUAAAAAGUUGUUAUUGAAUUGUUAGUGAAAACACAAA